CAUUGAGAUUUAUUCUUCUUUUUGGUAGUAUAUGGUACCUGCAUUUUAUGUGAGUUGUUGUGAGAUGAUAAACAAGUGAGGUGAGAUGUUAACAAAUGAAGGCUUGUGUGAAGUGGAUGUGUGGCCUCAUAUUCAAACGUUAACAAGUGAUGUAAUUUCACGUACUGCAUUUGGUAGCAACUUUAAGGAAGGAAGAAAGAUAUUUGAACUACAAAGAGAACAAGCAAAGCUAGUUAUGAAGGCUGCACGAUCAUUUUACAUUCCAGGAUUAAAAUAUUUUCCAACUAAAAGAAACAAUAGCAUGAAAGAGAUUGACCGGGAGGUGAAGACAACAAUAAAGCGCAUUAUCGAUAAACGAGUUAUUGCAAUGAAAGCCGGAGAAUCUAGUCAAGAAACCACUGCAAACAUGCUUGUAUGGACUAUGAUUUUAUUGGGACAACAUACGGAUUGGCAGACACGUGCCAGAGAUGAAGUCCUACAUCUAUUUGGAAAAAGAAAACCGGAUGUUGAUGGGUUAAAUCAUCUAAAAAUUAUUAACAUGAUAUUUUGUGAGGUACUUAGACUAUAUCCUCCGGCUACAAUAAUAAGACGACUUAUAUAUAAAGAAACGAAAUUAGGAAACAUAACGUUACCAGCACAUACACUAGUUGAAAUAAACCCAUUGUUUUUACACCACGAUAAUGACAUAUGGGGUGAUGAUGCAAAUGAUUUUAAGCCAGAGCGAUUUUCAGAAGGUGUGUCAAAAGUGAACAAGGGACAAGCAUCAUAUCUUCCAUUCGGAGGUGGACCACGUAUUUGUAUUGGACAAAAUUUUGCUAUGUUAGAAGCAAAAAUGGCGCUUGUAAUGGUGCUACAAUGCUUCUCUUUUGAGCUCUCUCCAUCAUACUCGCAUGCUCCAUACACUAUAAUCACUCUACAACCUCAAUUUGGGGCUCACUUGAUUCUACACAAAAUUUAG